CGCCCGUAGACCAGCCGUUGGAGGUGUUGAGUAAAUGAAGGAAUACAAGGAUCGUUCUAGCAAUUUAUUUUCUCCUAAAUGUUCUUUUGGGAUUCAGAAUACAUGGGUCCUGAUGAAGACGACGACCCGUUUCAAUGGACAUAUGACAGCCAUGACAAGGAGACAGAAAUUUACCAGAGUCUUCAUAGCUCUGGGCAGAUACCUGAGGAUCCUGAGUUCAAUUCUGAAAUAAGGACAGAGCCAGUUGGCUGUAAAAAAGAGGAGGACGAGGAUGUGGUUCAGAAUAUCCAUGAAGUCAAAGAGCCAAAGCAGGAUGUGGAGCCUGUAGAGGAAAAGCCAUGGAGGAAGUCUGGGGCUGAUAUCACGGAUUACUUUAACUACGGUUUCGAUGAAGAAAGCUGGAAGGCGUACCGUAUGAAGCAUGCUAAGCUCCAAGCAUUCCAAGCACAACAUAUCGCUAAUGUCAUGAGGGAGCAAGCUAAAUAUGAAGUGGAGGUGAUGUGUGCUUCUUCUAAUUCAGGCAGACCAUCUAGGAAAUCCUGCAGACGAAGAAAAGCUAAGACCACUAGGCGUGGAGGCAAAGGGAGAAGCAGGAGAAGCAGAGAGAAAGCACGCCCUUGUCGCACCGAUGCAGCCAAAGAUACUCAGUCAGUAAUGAGGAUUUCCCACAAGAAGGACACUGUCACCAAUUACGACAUGCCACGUUCGGUCAACGCCCGCACCAUGUUCUCAUUUGUGCCUCCACCCUCUUCACUUUUCCAGUUUUACCAAUCUGAGUCCCCCACUAACACACUGAGCAGCGACAAUGUUGGGAACAUCGAGGAGCCCUCGACUUCCCUGUAUCCAUGUUUUGUCGGGAACAUGUCCACAGACUUUGCGGUGGUGGAUAGUGCCAAAGCCUGGGAGUGCUACAUAAAGCAGCAGCGCAGCAGAGACAGAGCGUACGGCCAUGACAAAAACAGACGGCGAUGCAGUGACAGAGACAAACACAGGUCUUCCUUGUCACGCCACAGUGAGAAGAAGCCGGCGGAGCACAGGGACUCUGCAGAUUAUGAGCACAAACGUCGCAGGAUUGAAGGAGUCACCGGCAAAAAGAAGCAGAAAGACGAAGAGGAGGGCUCGCGAAAAAUAUCGCAAAGAAGUAGCAGCGACAGUAGGAAGGAUGACAGGGAGGCCAGGAAGACAAGACACAAUCACGCAGAGGGCAAAGACUCUGGGAAGGCUCGGAAAGCGACUGAGAAAAGAAAAUAAAAUUUCAACAGCCCUCAGAACAACCAAACCUGAAAAGCUUUGUCCCUUUGCAUCUCAGGUUAAGUUGUACGCGAAGAUUAAUUUGUUCUCAUUAUAUUCUCCAAGCCUGAGUUUUAUGGUAUUUUGUUGUUUUUCAGGUUUGUAUACAAGCCUUGCUGGCAAAACAAAACAAACCUGUACAUUUUUUAAUUUUUUUUAAACGAGUUUAUUGAGCAUUUAACCAAAUGUACCAUCGUCAGAUAUACUACACAGGCCGAAGCGUGACAGACAGAACCACAGCAGACAGACCUCAGGCCCUCCACUGAUACACGGAAACCAAGUCAGUUUUUUUUUUCUUCUUGAAAGUAAGAAAAUUAGUAAGGCCUCCACAAAAUCUCCUAUUUAAAUGUUAUUUGUUAAGUUA